AGAGAGUGCAGUCAGAAAUGAACAGAGAACAAAGACCGCUAAAACCAGUUCACUUUUCAUUUAGCAGUCUUUGCUUAGAAAAUAGCUGCACUCUUUUGUUCAGGAAGUCAUCUUCUGUGUCUGAAGUGACUCUCGGCUGGACGUCUGAUCACGAUGUGCUCUCAUCUGUGUGCUCUAACCCUGUUUGUUCUGUGCGGAGUGUUUGGUGAUACAGAUGUAGUGUCAGUGAUGGAGGGAGUUUCUGUCUCUCUAAACACUGAUGUUACUGAAGUACAGAGAGAGGAUCAGAUUCUGUGGAUGUUUGGACCUAAAGAGACGAGAAUAGCUGAAAUCUAUAAGAACAGCAUUGAUAUGUUUAACAGUAAUGAGAUAUUUGGAGACAGAUUGCAGAUGGACAAUCAAACUGGAUCUCUGAUCAUCAGAAACAUCAGAAGAACAGACUCUGGACUUUAUAAACGACAGAUCAGCAGCCACAGAGGAAACUCAGACAAAACAUUCAGUGUUACUGUCUACGCGCCUCUGCCUGUUCCUGUCAUCAGCAGUAACUCCUCAAUCUGUUCUUCAUCAUCAUCAUCAUCUUCAUCUUCAGGAUCAUCAAUGUCCAGAUGUUCACUGCUGUGUUCAGCUGUGAAUGUGAGUGCUGUGACUCUCUCCUGGUACAAAGGAAACAGUUUAUUGUCCAGCAUCAGUGUGUCUGAUCUCAGCAUCAGUCUCUCUCUACCUCUGGAGGUGGAAUAUCAGGAGAACAACAUCUACAGCUGUGUGAUCAACAAUCCCAUCACAAACCAGACUCAACACAACAUCAACAUCACUCAACUCUGUCACACGUGUCCAGAAUCUCUCCGUUCCUAUUUCAUACCACUGAUAGUUGGUGUAUUGUUGCUGGUGGCCAUAAUUGCAGUUUUGGGCGUGAUUCUGUUUAGGUACAUCAAGACCCGUAAACAAACAGCACAACCUGGCAAGUAUUACUGCGACUGCAUGUAUUCAUCUUUGUGUUGGAAAAGUGUUUAUCAUAUGUCAAUGUUUUAUAGUUGAACUGUGGUUAUUAUUAAAACAGUUGAAAAUGAAGACAUACAUUAUGCUACAGCAACAUUCGUUGCACAUCCUUUACAUCAUACGGUAAGAUGCUGAUUUGCUGUGUGCAUUGUGUCUCGCUGUCUGCCUGUGGAAAGCUUAGCAUUAGAGAACUGAUGGAUUAUUAAUGCUCAAAGAAAAAAAUUCUCAAUACCGGUCUGUGCUUGCUUAUUUCUUACUGUAACAGAAUUUUUUUAUUUUAAGCUGAAUUAUAGAUGAAUUUGGUUUUAAAGCUAGUGAUUCAUUUAAGUGAUAUGUUAUGUUUCACAUGCACCAUGCAUCAGGCACUUCAUGAUGGACAACCCUUUCUAAUGAACAGGGAUUUAAGCUACACUCAUUACUAACAGUGUGCAAAUCUUUACAAAUAUGGAUUAGUAUGACAAAUAAAUUCAGUGGAUUUUAGUAGCAACAGACUGAAAAGGCUUCAGUUUGUCAGUUGACAGUAAACCUGUUCUACCUGUGAUUCACAAAUAAUGAUGAAUCUUUAUCUUUUCUUAUCUUGUCCUGUAGGUUACCGUGUAAUGUUACAUCAAACACCUGCUGUUUGAACUUGUCAAACAUUAACAAAUCAUGGAGACUUUUCAACAAUGUAGUCAUUUUAGUUUUCCUUCGCUGUUCAUAUUUACUCCCUUAUGAAGAUUUAUAGAUCUCUAAAAUAGAUAGAAGAUCAAGCUUUAUUUAUAUUCAUAUUCUAUCCUAUAGUGACACUGUUUUACUCCCUUUGAAAUAGACAUCAAUAGACUUCUUGCUGUUGUCUUGUUGCUGCUUUACUAUUCUUGUGCAUAU